GUGUUGGAUGCAAGAAUUAGCAAACCGGUCUCCCCUGCGGCACACCAUAGUCUACUCGACUCGCUCUCUAGCCUCCGAAAGAUUCCCAUCUCCGCCCCAUCUCGGCCGAUCCAUCGAUGGCGACGACAGACUUCGCUUCCUUCUCUGUGCCCCUUCUCUCCACCAUCGUCGGCGGCGUCCUUAUCCUCCUCUUCUUUGCUGAUUACUUCCGCCGCAAGAGAGCCGAGAUCUCCACCAUCGCUGCCGCCCAAUCUCCUCAGCAACCGGACGCCACCAAACCUCCGCCCUCCUCGUCUUCCUCCGCCGUCGCCUCCAAGAAAACGCAUCGUCAAAGGCACCAUUCCCACUCCGCCACCGAUAAGGAUCAGAACCGAAAGCAUCAUCAUCUCGAUGUCAACACCUUGAAAGGCCACGGCGACUCGGUCACCGCCAUCUGCUUCUCCUCGGACGGCCAUAGCCUCGCCACCGCCUGCGCGGAUGGUGCGAUUAGGGUUUUCAGGCUGGAUGACGCCUCCAGUAAGAGUUUCAAGUUUCUGAGGUUAAACUUGCCAGCUGGGGCUCAUCCGACAGCCAUUGCAUUCUCCGAGGGGUCUUCUUCGGUGGUCGUGGCAGCUCAGAUGCUUUCAGGUUCGUCUCUUUUCAUGUAUGGGGACGUAGGCCCCAAGCCCUCUGCUGAAGGCAAGCAACAGGCAAAGCUUCCCCUUCCUGAGAUCAAGUGGGAGCACCAGAAGAUCCAUGAUCAAGGCUCCGUGCUGAAUCUUUCUGCAGUUCCUGCAACAUAUGGUACUGCAGAUGGGAGCAUAAUCAUCGCUUCGUGCUCUGAGGGGACUAGCAUCAAACUUUGGCAUGGAAAAAGUGGGAAAGAGCUGGGAACUGUUGAUACAAACCAGCUCAAAAACAACAUGGCUACAUUAUCUCCGAAUGGACGUUUUCUAGCUGCUGCAGCAUUUACUGCUGAUGUGAAGGUUUGGGAGAUUGUCUAUUCUAAAGAUGGGUCUGUGAAGGAGGUCUUGAAAGUUAUGCAGCUCAAGGGACACAAGAGUGCAGUGACUUGCUUGUGCUUCACACAUAACUCAGAGCAGAUAAUCACAGCUUCGAAAGAUGGUUCUCUACGAGUCUGGAACAUUAACGUUCGGUAUCAUCUUGAUGAGGAUCCAAAGACCUUGAAGGUGCUUCCAAUUCCACUUCAUGAUUCCAAAGGGGCUGUUUCUAACUAUAACCAUAUUAGUAUUUCACCUGAUGGAAAAAUUUUGGCCACGAUUUGUGGAUCUACUUUGCAAUGGUUGUGUGCUGGGACUGGGAGUGUUUUGGAUACAGCUGAUAAAGCCCAUGAAGGUGACAUUACUGGGAUUGCCUGGGCUCCUCAAUCAGUUCCAGUCGGUGGUGCACCUACCAUGGUUUUAGCUACAGCUGGUGCUGACAAAAAGGUCAAACUAUGGUUAGCUCCAGAAAGUAAUCCUUCUCGAUAAGGUUUACAAGCAAGUUUAUUCAGGAGAUUUCCAACCAGUUUUGCUGCUGAUGCUGUUGAAAUGGUUCAGAACUUUUGGCCAGCUUCAUGAUGACAAUUUUAGAGAUGACCAGCGGUGCACACAGAAAAAAUAUAGACAGAAAACAUCUAAAUCUUGUGAAGAGAUCUUAUUGCUAUCAGCCUGUGACUUGCAGUGUCAAUUUUCUUUUCUUGUUUCAGAUGUCGUGACAUAGUUUAGUCGGUCAACAGGAGGUCUGCUAGCUUUUUUCUUCAAUAAAUUUUGAGUUUUCUUUUAAGUUUGUCGGUGCAUGGAACACACAUGUUGAUCUUGCUUGUAUCCGCUAUAUAUGUUUCAUGUUGAGGUUCUAGUUUGGUUUAUUCUCAA